GGUUACAGGAAGUUGUAGAGUCUGCCAUGUUUAGCUGCUUUGUUGUAGAUUUUUAUGUAGAUUUUGUGCAGUUUUAAAGAGUUGCAAUGGAGGCGAACUGGACUACGUUCCUGUUUCAGGCACAUGAAGCCUCUCACCAUCAGCACCAGGUGACACAUAAUGCUUUGCUGCCUCUUCUGAGCUCCACUGUUGAGCCACCUGAUCAGAAGCCAAUUCUGCCUAUACCACUGAAUCAAAAGCCCACAGAUUCGCUUUCACUGGAUCCCCUGAAGAACAUCACCAUCAAAAAAGAGAAACCCAAAAAUUCAUUCAUCUGCACUUACUGCAGCAAGGCAUUCCGUGACAGUUACCACCUGAGGCGUCAUGAAUCUUGCCAUACAGGUGUUAAGUUAGUGUCACGACCCAAGAAAACUCAAACAACAAUGAUGCCACUAAUUUCAACCAUUGCUGCCGACAGCCAACGAAACUCACUGGUGUCAACAAUUGCUGGCAUAUUGUCAACGGUCACUACAUCUUCUUCGACAAAUCCUGUAAGCAGUGGAAGCAGUACCAGCACUGGCAUGAGCACUAGCAUUAGCUCUGGCAUGAACAUGAACAAUGCUAUUAACACUGGCAUGAACAGCAGCAUUGGUUCUGGCAUAAGCACUAGCAUUGUUUCUGGCAUAAACACUAGCAUUGGUUCUGGCAUAAACACUAGCAUUGGUUCUGGCAUAAACACUAGCAUUGGUUCUGGCAUAAACACUAGCAUUGGUUCUGGCAUAAGCACUAGCAUUGGUGCUGGCAUAAGCACUAGCAUUGGUGCUGGCAUAAGCACUAGUAUUGGUGCUGGGAUAAACACUAGCAUUGGUGCUAGCAUGAACACUAACAUCGGUGGUAUAAAUAGCAUUGCUGCUGGCAUGAACACUGGCAUUGGUCCUGGCAUGAACACUGGUAUAACUGGCAUGAUUAUGCCCCCAGUUCCACCACCUCCUCCUAAGAAGCCAAGCAAGCCUGUCAAGAAGAACCAUGCGUGUGAAAUGUGUGGAAAGGCAUUUCGUGAUGUGUACCAUCUUAACCGGCAUAAGUUGUCUCACUCUGAUGAGAAGCCAUUUGAGUGCCAUAUCUGCAACCAGCGUUUCAAGAGAAAGGAUCGCAUGACCUACCAUGUGAGGUCUCAUGAAGGAGGCAUCACCAAACCGUACACUUGUGGUGUCUGUGGUAAAGGUUUCUCAAGUCAGAUAACUACCAUGAAGUGUAGUCAGUUGCUGACUGUCAUCACCUUGCAUUCCCAUGGGGAGAUUUCAGGGGUGGUCUUAUCCGUAUGUUUUGGUACACUUGAUGAUAAAAUACCAGAAACUCGUGACAUGUGCCAGCAGGUGUCUUCUGUUUCACAAACCCCGGUUACAGUUGCUACUCCAUUCAGUAUAGCAUCGUCUGUCUCUGCUGGGACAGUCACAAACCCAGUUACUGCUGUUGCAGCUGCCAUGAGCAUGAGGAGUCCGGUAAAUGUGUCCAGUGCUGCAAGUCUUGCGGCUUCAAUGAAUAUAGGUCAUCCAGUCACUAUAACGUCACCAAUUACAAUGGCAUCUCCAUUGACUCUUACAGCACCUGUCAGUAUACCAACACCUGUGACUGCUCCAGUAAACAUACCACAUCCUGUCACUAUAACAACACCAAUGAAUUUACCAACACCCAUGACUUUAGCAGGACCACUCAAUAUAGCAAUGAGGUCAAUGGAGAGCAUGCCAUUCCUUUCUCAAGCCUUGCCGUCCUCUCCACCAUGGUGAAGAAUUGGAACUUAACAGUAUUAAUUCUUUAUUUUAACCAACUGGCUACCAGCAGCUUACCUGAUGUAAAUGAUGACCGAGCUGAACUGGUUGGACCUUGCAAUGGGAUCAAGAUUCCUCCUUUGUAAAUGUAUGCCAUACAUUUCACUGAUGGUUUUAUUCUGGUCAUUUGGGGCUAGUGUCCAUUACAUUUCACUGUGUUGUUGCAUUUUGAGAAAUGCAGCUGUAUUUGUUUCACUGUAUUAACUUAUAGCUUUAAAUGCUAAACUAGCCCAUUAUUGUGAGUAACACUAACAGACUAUACUUAUCAUUCAGUGGUUAUAUGGAUGAUUCUUUUAAUGGCUUUUUAAUAGGAUGAGAUCUGGUGAAACUGCUGGUGCAUAGGUAUAUUUUAUAUGGAAAUGCAUUUCUGCAAAAUAAAAUUGGAAUGUAUUUCUAGGGAAUAUGCAUUGCACCUUGGAAAUAUGGUAAUUUCAGGCAGCAUUCCCUAUGGGAAGGGUGUUUUAACAGGAUUGAUAUGCAAAGCAUACGUAACUUAUCAUAUAAUUUAUAAGUUUCAUAAGUAUAAUAGGGGUUGUGACCUGACGUUCGGAAGUGUAAAUAUUCUUCAUAUUACUUAAUGGAGUGUUGCAUUAUAGCCAGUGUUUCAUGAACUGUUGCAUAUGCAUUUCUGAAAGACAGAUGGCAUGAGGGGAUUGCAUUUAAAUGUUAAAAUGAACCUCACUGUGGUUGCAUUAAAAAUCCCUUCAUAAACUGGCAAGAAUUAAUUUCCAAAUGCACUAAAAUGUGCAUUACAGAAGCAAUAUUUAAACUGGAAUACUUCUGAGUCCCUUGAUUUAAAACUGAUGAUGCUACAGUGCUUAUUUCAUACAAUAUUGUAUUAAGGUUUAAUGUUAUUCUUUUUAUGCUAACCACUAACUAAAGGACAUACUCCACAACAGAAGUAAACCACCUCUGUGUAUAAUUGUUUUUAUGGAAAUGUGCAUUCAGCCUUGUAAAAGUAGCAUUUUGCAUAUUUUACAUUUUAGCACUUUCUUGACAUAUUUUGUGAAAUUUACCAAAUACUGUUGUAUUAUCAGUCACACAGCGAGUCCGUCUGUAAAACACAGUGCCACACCGUGGCAUAGUUGUUUUUUACUUCUCAAGUUAGUUUGUUCUUUUUUUUGUUGUCCUUGCACCUUCAGCAUUUUAUACACGGUACUAAACACUGCUUUAAGUUGAGUCACAUUUUUCUAAUGAUUCCUGACUUGGGGUUCAGAGUUGCAAUCUGGAAAUGUACUUUUUUUUUUUUUUUUUUUUUUUUUUUUAAGACUUGCCACUGUGCCUCAGUUUACUACAUCUUUGUGAAAUAUGCAUUCCUGACGUGAGUGAGGGACGUUUAUUUCUAUUUUAUUACAGAAUUACAUUCUUGGGGCUUGAACUGCAUCAUAAGUUAGAUCCUAGUGAAAAAUAAAUCAUUUUUUUAAGAGAACAUUUUUUGUACUUUAAGGAAAAUCACUUGUGUAAAGAUUUUGUAUAUAUAUGUGUAUAUAUAUAUAUAAAGGCUUAGGACUUUCUGUUUAGCAGAAAGGAAACACAUUCCUACACUUUUAAUGUAAAUGUUUGUUAAAUGGUCCCUGUAAACAUAUUAUAAUCUAGGUUUAUGUGCCUUUUUAUUUUAGUUGUCUCAAUAAAACUAUGAAACAUUGACUGAAGCCA